AUGGCUAAUACUUUGGUGGGAAAAUUCUUCUCCAUGUGCCCCACAGUGGAGACGGUUAGAAAAUGGGUCAAGGACAAAUGGAAACUGAAAGGCAAUGUCUCUGUUAGCACCAUGCCUGGAGCCCUCUUCCUCUUCAAAUUCACUGUUGAGGAGGAUGUUGCUCUUGUCCUUUCUAGCUGCUGGUCCUAUGGUCAAAAAAAAAUUUCCCUUUUUCGAUGGAAGGUUGGUUUUGACCCAUCAGUUGAUUUACAAAAAACUGCUCUGGUUUGGGUUCGUCUACCAGGGCCCCCCCUUGAAUACUGGGAUGAGUCCAUCUUUAAAUGGAUUGGGAAUUCCUUUGGUCAUUUUGUUGGUGUCGAUGAGAUUACUAGAACCAAAUCGCAUCUAGUCUAUGCACAUUUCUGUGUUCAAGCUACUGUGAGCAUGAAUCUCCCCAACUUUAUAACCCUCAAAUCCAGGCUAGGAAGCUGGACUCAGACCCUUGUUUAUGAGAAUGCCACCCUUUUCUGCCAAAAAUGCCGAAAAGUUAGGCAUAUUAUUUCUCAAUGCAAUGCUCUACCUCCCUUGCCUCUUAAGCUUAAGGGCCUAGCCCUCGAUGAAAGCCCUAUGCCAAAUGUUCCUCCCAAGCAUAAUGGCCCAAUUGUGGGGCAUGUUGUGGCUCCUACUUAUGGCCUGGACCUACCUCCCCCUGCAAUUGAGGACCCGGUUAUGGUCAAGUACCCCUUUGCUAAGAGUAUUAUAAACCUUCUCAAAUCUCCUGCAAAGAAUGUGGAUGAGGCCUCUAAAUCGGCCCCAAAGGAACAAUGCAUCUCACCGUUGGCCAGCUUGGUUUCACCGGUUGAUCAACUGGAAGAUGGUGAGAUUGUGAGGGCCCCAUUCUUUCCCUGGAGAUGA